AGUGGAGAGUGACAUUGACUACGGUUUUCGCAUUGUAGUCGCCAGUUCUGCCUAUGUUCCGCGAUAUCGAUGGGUGGGGUUCGAAUGCGCUGUACUCCGCGUUCGUGCAUACCUAAGCCCUGCUGUGCAACAGGAGGAGGUACCGUCCCAUGUUCGGGGCCGCCGUCGAUAUCUUCUCAGCUCUUUCGAUUCCCUCGCCCGCAGGUCAUGCACACUAUCGCUGACGUCUGCUGAAGUUGACUGGCAAAAAGAUGGAACAGGCUGUUGUUGUGCAAAAAGCAUGCUGUAGGUGGUGCAAACAUGAGCUCGACUCCACCUCAUUCCCUCUUGACACCUCCUAGCAUGGUAAAGGACGAUGUACAAUGCGAAAUCUCAUCUGUUCACCAGGUAUGCCGUUCGCCGUGUGUGCCAGCCGGGGAAGUUGUUGGUUGUCAAUGGGUAUGCGUGUCGGCGCGUCCCCUGUCGCUGUAUGCUCAUCCGCUGCUAGACUAGGGGAGUAUCCCAGCUCCAGAGCAGGGUGCCGGCCGCAAGCUGUCUAUGGCCUGAUUGUCUUGUUAAGAGCAUGUUGCUCGUCGCGAUGGUGGUGUGGGGGUGGGAGAGGGAUCGAGGUUAGAAGCAUCGGCUUCGAGGGCACUGGCGGUUCGAUCGUCAUCCCCAUGAGACUCAUCACAUUUUCCAAGACUGGCGUCCUCUUCGGUGGGCCUGCAUGAGAAAAAGCUGGGUUCGAUGGCGGGGAGGAGGG